UCAAUGUUUUAUGCUCCAUUUUUGCCGUAGACUAUACGUAACCUGCUAUCAUUCCAUUUAAACUAAUAAUAUAUGCACACGCUGUAACAGCAGUAUAAUAUUCACAAAACAUUGGAGACACGAAGGGAAAGAAAUUAGGCUCCGCACAAACCUGCAGCUGCUGGCAACAUUAGCACGCGUGAGCCCAGCCUGCGUUUGUGCUUGUACGAGAGAUCUCCAUACAUAUUAAUAUUAUUCCGUUCCUUCCGAUGGAUGACGAUAUCAUUGACAUUGACGACGACCAAACGGAACAACAAGCCAUUGUCCCUGACACCUUCAUUCCCGAAUCUGCUCCAACUACGAUAACAGCAGCAGAAACUACAACAACUACACCGCCACCAUCCCACCCUAUCGCUUCCGAUUAUGAAAAUUCAGCAGCGACGCCAUGGACAGCCGAUCAUGAUCCAGACAUGGACGAGGAAUCGCGAGCAUUGAUUGAACAAAUGCUAGCUGAAGAGCAAUAUUAUUAUGGUACAGACACUAUAUCCACGUUACCAAAUACUUUAAAGACCACGAAAUCCAAGACAACGACGAAUAAACGAAAAGCUUCAACAACCAAUGCCUCAAAGAAACUAAAGACUGAACCAUCGAUAUCGUCGGCAUCAUUACCGUCACACAAGACACGUUGGACGCCGGCAGAAGACAAUAUAUUACGAACUGCUAUAGAACUACAUGGAUAUGGCAAUUGGAAAGCUAUUGCGACACAAGUCAAAACACGGAAUUCUCUCCAGUGCAAAAACCGCGCACGCCACUGGGUCUUGUCCGAUAAGCUUGAAAAGCAAUCAGUAUCACCAACUUCAUCAUCAACAAAUGCGCCAUCAUCACCAUCACAGCAGCAACAUGUUACAAUCAAAGAGGAAGCUCAAGAUGAAGAAGACGAUGAAGAGGACGAAACAAGCAAAGCGAUGGUGCAGCCCACUAAGACAGAGGAAUAUCAAUAUGACGAUGAAGAUGACGAAGAAAUUUCGGUUGAGGACAGUGACACGCCGCCGCUAUUAUCCAUGGAAUUACCUAUUCUAAGUCCUGAUAAAGAUAACGAAGAAGAAGAGGACAUGCAUGAACAGAGAAAAGAGCACCAGGAAACGCUUGAUCAGGAUAUGGAUGAUGGGGAGGAUGAUGAGGUUGGGGAUGAUGAUAAUAACAGCAAUUACAACGACGACAAAACUCAACAACAGAUGAUUCCAAUGGAACAAGCAUAUGAUGUGUUUUCUGCUGAUCACACCAUCCAGGAAACAGUAGCAACAACAACGAAUGACGAGCCAGACAACCUUAAAUUAGCCAAGGCUGAAGAGGACAACGUGACACAAAAACCGGAAGAUCCCGCAAUUCAGGGACCACCGCCCGAUCCACAAGUACACGCAUCAUCGCCAUUAUCAUCUUCUACUUCGGAUGCAGCAGUCCCCUCAUCACCGGUAACAGUAGCGCCAGCUACGACAGAAACAGUGGUGAAGCCAGAGAUGGAAACAGCAGGAGCAGAGACAGAAGCGACAAUACCCCAAACGGAUACGAGUACAUUGUUUGACAAACACACGAUCUCUGAGGAGGAGCAACAAAGCAAUCCCGAAUGGUUCAGCAACAAGCAUAGCAAGACGCCCGACCGGUACCUCAAGAUCCGGAACCAUAUUCUUCAGUGUUGGCGGGAAUGUCAGCCACGCUACUUGACUAAAACAAGCGCACGGAAAGGACUUUCCAAUUGUGGUGAUGUGAAUGCCAUCGGUCGCGUGCAUGCUUAUUUAGAAAACGUCGGCGCCAUCAACGUGGGUUGUGUUAACAAUGCACCCCGACAGCCGCCGAAACGGACGCCUCGUGAAGCACCCGCACCAGGAACAGCAGCAGCAGCAGGAGCCGCCCAUGACGAAACACUCAACGACGAUAUGUUCGCUGCUGCAGAUCUGGUCAUUGGAUACGACGGACCCAGGAAGCGAAAAGUACGAAACGAACUUGGCGAAUGGGUGGAUCCCAAAGAGUUGGAAGGUCGCGUCAUUGAGCAUGGGAAGAAGGAAAUUACACCACCUUCGAGGCCUAAACGAGUCAUCAAGCGACCACACCAUCAUUUCGAUGGCAGCGGCUAUGAUCCAUUUCGGCUGGUUCCACUGGAAUACUAUGAUGAUGAAUACCCGGCUCCAUUUAUCGUUGACAUCACGAGUGAUGCCUUGCUUAUCAUGGACUUUCAUUCUCAUUUGGCACACACGGAAAUCAUUGGCUUGUUGGGUGGUAACUUCGUGGAUAACGAGCAAGGAGGUAAUAGCAGUGGUGGUGGCAACCAAAAGGUCCUUAAAGUACAAAGUGUAUUUCCAUGUAAAAGUACAAGUACUGGUAUCCAGUGUGAAAUGGAUCCUGCUUCCGAGAUGAAGGCGCGUGAGGUCUUUGCAGAAAAAGGGUAUAGUGUCGUCGGUUGGUACCAUUCCCAUCCUACAUUUGAACCGCAUCCAAGUAUACGGGAUAUCGAAAACCAAACAUCAUACCAGACUCUAUUCCGUCAUGAAAAUACGGGCGAUGAACCAUUUAUCGGCGUCAUUGUCACUCCUUACGACACUGAGACUGUUAGCGACCACUCCAUAAUACAGUACAUUCAUAUCAGUCCGCGAUGGAAUGAAUCUGCCCCAUUCCGCGUUCCGUACGCAUGUAAAAGAAUGGUUUAUCAAAGCGGGCAGGUCUCGCCACAGGUAUUUCAAGAAUUUUUAAAACUGGUUGGAGAAUUCAAGGAUUAUGAACAUAAAGUAAACAUGCUACACCCAUUUACUGGGUCACGAACACGAUUGGACAAGUUGUUGGAUUCUAUACGAGCCAACCUAUUUUUACCGGCUGAUCAAGUGACAGAGUACCUGGAGCGGGUACGGCAGCUGAUGCUGAGUCAAUUUGUUACCGAUACCAUCAAAUCAAGCAGUUUAUCACCGAUUAAUGAUGACGGUCAUAGCAAUGAUAACAACAUCCUUAAUGAUCAUGAAACUUCCACGACUACCGCUGCUGUUAUAGCUGAAGCUGCAAAUCCCUCACCAUUACUAUCGUCAUCAUUACCGUUACCCGAAACGAAUAAUAACAGUGCUGCUAGUAGUAAUAGUAGUAAUAGUAGCAGUAGUAGUAAUAGUAAUGAAACGCAUACUCCUGCAUGAUUUUGAGGAGAAAUAUCUUUGCC